UAUGAAGUACUACUCUGUGUACAAGAUCAUGAUGAUCCAGCUAUUGAUGUGUGCAAAAAGCUCCUUGGCAAAUACCCUAAUGUUGAUGCCAGAUUAUUCAUAGGUGGCAAGAAAGUUGGCAUCAACCCCAAGAUUAACAACUUAAUGCCUGGCUAUGAAGUUGCCAAAUAUGAUCUCAUAUGGAUUUGUGAUAGUGGAAUCAGAGUAACGCCAGACACACUGACAGAUAUGGCCAAUCAAAUGACUGAAAAAGUAGGCUUGGUCCAUGGGCUUCCCUAUGUUGCAGACAGGCAGGGGUUUGCUGCUACUCUUGAACAGGUUUAUUUUGGAACUUCACAUCCAAGGUCAUAUAUCUCAGCCAACUUAACUGGCUUUAAGUGUGUGACAGGAAUGUCCUGCUUGAUGAGGAAGGAUGUCUUGGACCAAGCUGGAGGGCUGAUAGCUUUUGCACAGUAUAUUGCUGAGGAUUACUUUAUGGCCAAAGCUAUUGCUGACCGGGGUUGGAAGUUCGCCAUGGCCACACAAGUUGCAAUGCAAAACUCCGGUUCAUACUCUAUUUCUCAGUUUCAGUCCAGAAUGAUCAGAUGGGCCAAACUGCGAAUUAAUAUGUUGCCUGCCACAAUAAUUUGUGAGCCAAUCUCCGAGUGCUUUGUUGCCAGUCUAGUUAUUGGAUGGGCGGCUCAUCAUGUAUUUAAAUGGGAUAUAAUGGUAUUUUUCAUGUGUCACUGCUUGGCAUGGUUUAUAUUUGACUACAUUCAACUAAAAGGUGUUCAGGGUGGUGCCCUGUGUUUCUCAAAACUUGAUUAUGCAGUAGCUUGGUUCAUCAGAGAAUCCAUGACGAUAUAUAUUUUCUUGUCUGCUUUGUGGGACCCCACUAUUAGCUGGAGGACAGGACGCUACAGGUUGCGUUGUGGAGGCACUGCGGAAGAAAUUCUUGAUGUAUAGCCACAACUUUAAUUGUGAAUGUCAUAAAGAGGAGGGGGGAAGAGAAGUAUUAUAAAUUGUUUAUA